CCAGGGGAGGCCCUGGUCUUCACUGAGAGAGAGAGAGAGACACAGAGAAAGAGAAAGAGAAAAGAAAACAGAGAGAGAGAGAGAGAGAGAGAGAGAGAGAGAGAGAGAGAGAGAGACUUACAGACGAGCAAGUGAGAGGGAAAUUGAAGACAUUUUGCAUCUGGAGUACUUUUGAAGACACCAGCCAGGGGAUAAGUGCAAGCACUGGGCAUGAACUCACACAGCGGGCCCGGCAGUGGGAGAAGAGGAGAAGGAAAACAGUUCCAAUAAGACUCACCUGCUCCGUCAGGAUGGGCUGCGCUUGCAGUGGCCAGAAACAAGUAAACGAGUUCCACAAAGGAAAACACAACUCUGAGGCCUCCAACUCGUCGAGUCACACAGCACGAAGUAGAAACACCUAUUUGGAUAACGAUGAAGUGUUUGUGGCACAACACGACUUCAAAGGGACCAACGACAGCGACCUACCUUUCAAAAAGGGAGACAAACUCAAGGUGCUGCAAGAAAACGGAGAAUGGUGGGUGGCUAAAUCGCUGGCGACUGGACAAGAGGGCUUAAUACCGUGGAACUAUGUAGCCAGAGCAGAUACACUGGAAGUGGAAAAAUGGUUUUUCAGGGACAUGAGUAGAAGAGAGACUGAUCGACUGCUCUUAGCCCCCGGGAAUAAACCGGGUGCCUUUGUCGUUCGAGAGAGUGAGACCUGUAAAGGUUCCUUGUCACUGUCAGUCAGAGAUUAUGUACCAGAACAAGGAGACGUGGUAAAACACUACAAGAUCCGCUGUUUGGACAAAGGUGGAUACUACAUCUCUCCCUCCAACACGUUCCCAUCCCUACAGGAGCUGGUCAAAUAUUACACUCGUACGGCAGACGGUUUGUGUCAGCGGCUGUAUGCCCCUUGUAAAGGGAGGGCGCCCGAGCAGCCCUGGGCACAAGAUGAAUGGGAGAUUCCCAGAGAUACCCUGAAAAUGGUGAAGAAACUUGGGGCCGGGCAGUUUGGAGAAGUGUGGAUGGGUUAUUAUAAGAACACCCAGAAGGUUGCUAUUAAGACCUUGAAGGAGGGAACGAUGGAGCCUGCGGCCUUCCUGCAGGAGGCCAACCUGAUGAAGCAGCUGCAGCAUGAACGACUGGUGCGCCUCCACGCUGUGGUUACCAUGGAGCCCAUCCUCAUCGUCACCGAGUUCAUGAUCAAUGGAUGUCUUCUGGACUUUCUGAAAUCAGACAAAGGAAAGACUCUAAAGCUAAAUAAGCUGAUAGACAUGUCAGCGCAGAUAGCUGAAGGCAUGGCGUACAUCGAAACGAAGAACUACAUCCACCGAGACGUGCGUGCAGCCAACAUUCUGGUCAGUGACAGCCUGCACUGCAAGGUAGCAGACUUUGGCCUGGCCAGGAUCACCGAGUCAGAAUACACAGCUCAAGAAGGUGCCAAAUUUCCCAUCAAAUGGACGGCUCCUGAAGCCAUCAACUUUGGCACAUUUAGCAUCAAAUCGGAUGUGUGGUCUUUUGGCAUCCUGCUCACAGAGAUAGUCACCUAUGGAAGAAUACCUUACCCAGGGAUGACCAACCCAGAGGUGAUCAGGAGCCUGGACAAGUCGUACAGGAUGCCGUGUCCGGACGGCUGCCCCGAGGAACUCUAUGACAUCAUGCACAUGUGCUGGAAGCAGAGGCCAGAGGAACGACCGACUUUUGAAUUUCUGCAGAAUAUUCUCAACGACUUCUUUAUCGCCACGGAGGGACAAUAUGAGAUGCAGCCGUGAUGAAAUAAAAGGUUUCCUGUUGAUAAUCAAAAGACAGCUUAAUAUUCUAAACAGAGAUGUGGGACUUGAACGGAUAGCGGAUGAAGACCAACGGUUUAAACAGACAAUAUGUUAAGGGUUUCUUUUGAAUGACUGUAAAAGCUCUUCAUGGCUUCUUCUGUCUCUAGCAGCUAAAAACAUCUGAAACACUUUAAAAUCAGAAAGACGUUUUGAUCAGGACUGAUGUACGAUGGUACGGAACAUGGAAGUACAAUUUCAGUACAUGCAUGACGUAAAACGGACUUUGGACCUGAGGAAGUCGGCUCAGGUGAAGUCACAGAUGAAACAUUUGCUUGGUACAGAAACAAGCAGGCUGAGAUUAUAUGCACAAUAUUUUGCACUUUUUAAGAAAUAGGCUUUUUUCAUGAGAAUAUAUAUAUAUAUACACAUACAUGCUCUUUGUAAAUAAAAAAGUAUUUACGUUA